UGGUGUGUGGUUAAAUACUUCACACAGCAAUAUGUCACACGACGGAGAGUAGCUGCAAAGGAGCAAUACAUCGCCCUCGCCCCUGUAGGAUCAACGAAUCGAAAAUCUUUUCGUCACAUGGGCACUGGUUUUGUGUACAAAGAUGAGCGCAACCGUGCGCUAGACCAGAGAAGGUUGCAGUUUUAGCAUUUUGACAGAUAAGCUAUCGCCUUCAUUUUCGGAAACAUCUGCUCGAAAGCUUCUGCUCGUUUAACGUUCUAGUCUUUAUCUGAAAGAGGUAAUAUCCUAGAUUUUUUGUUUUUUAUUUUAACAUCGGUUUAGUUCACCCUGUCCCGCGGACUAGACAUUACACCGAGUAGUCGCCGUUAACGAAUCAUUUACGUUGAAGAUUGCAUUCACGUUGAAGACUGGGGUACACAAGUAAAAUUGCUUCAGUUUAUACGCUGGUCUGGACAGUUUACGUGCUCAGCUAAAUUUUGCGGUUGAGCUAAUCUUUCAGGGUUUUGAAACUCAGUUUAAGUGAUUCAUUUCAGCCUUAUUCCCUGAGGUCCACGUUAACUCCGGGUCUAACACCACUCAACUGCGGAAUAUGUUGUUGAAGGAGUACAGAAUAUGCAUGCCGCUAACAGUGGAGGAGUACAGGAUUGGUCAGUUGUACAUGAUCAGCAAACACAGCCAUGAGCAGAGUGACCGUGGAGAGGGUGUGGAGGUGGUUCAGAAUGAGCCUUUUGAAGACCCCGUCCACGGCUCCGGCCAGUUCACAGAGAAACGCAUCUACCUCAACAGCAAACUGCCUAGUUGGGCGAGAGCUGUAGUGCCUAGAAUCUUCUAUGUGACAGAGAAGGCGUGGAACUACUACCCCUACACCAUAACAGAGUACACAUGUUCAUUUUUGCCAAAGUUCUCUAUCCACAUAGAGACGAAAUACGAGGACAACAAAGGCUCCAAUGACAACAUCUUUGACUGCGAAGCAAAGGACCAAGAGAGAGAGGUGUGCUUUUUGGACAUCGCAUACGAUGAAAUCCCCGAGCGCUACUACAAGGAGUCAGAGGACCUGCGGUAUUUCCGCUCAGAGAAAACAUCACGGGGCAUGCUUCAGGAGGGCUGGAGAGACACACAAGACCCCAUCAUGUGCUCUUACAAACUGGUGACCGUCAAAUUUGAGGUGUGGGGGCUGCAGACGCGCGUGGAACAGUUUGUACACAAGGUGGUGAGAGAUGUGUUGUUACUGGGACACAGACAGGCCUUUGCUUGGGUGGAUGAAUGGAUUGACAUGACGAUGGACGAGGUGAGAGAAUUUGAGCGUACUAUCCAGGAGGCAACCAAUCAGAAGAUUGGAAUGUUUCCUCCAUCUAUCUCCAUCGGUGAAACGCCCCUGUCCUCUCUGGCCCCCAACGGCCCUGCCAGCGCCCCCUCCACCCCACUUUGCACCGACGCCCCUGAGUUCCUCUCCGUUCCCAAAGACCGUCCCCGCAAGAAAUCAGCCCCUGAAACCCUCACUCUACCUGAGCCUGUCUCGGCAGAGCCCGCCUCCAUUUCCGUCCCUAACCACUCCUCCUUGAGCCCCACAACCAAUCAGGGAGAGUGACCUUAGGGCGACUCAGUCUCCUUCCCCCAAUGUCUAAACCGCAUCAAUCUACAUGACUGAGCCGCCUUCCUCCAGCGCUAAAUUCUCUUAUCGCUCCAGUUGUAAAUGUUUGUCCUUAAAGACUUCAUUUCCCAGAGGUCAUAGCGUGGCAGCCUGCGUCUCUGCACACAACCUGGCAGGCAUGACCCCCUGACCCCUGUGGAUGGGCUUCCUCACUUUGAAGUAGCCAGUGGCUGGGAGGAAUGAGCAAAGUAUUUUUGUUUAGGGGUUUUUUUGUUUGUUUUUG